CCGGACAUCAAAGAAUUAUAGUGAUGCUGCACAAAAAGGAAAAACCACAUUUAUUAAUUGCGUAUUUGCGUACAAACUUUGUUGCGUUUGGCCCGUUUGCAGGUUUAAGAACGCACCUGGAAAUUUCAUCAACAGUUUCGCGUUGUCUGCUUGUCUGUUGUCUGCUUGUCAGUUUGUUUUUUCCAAAAGGAAGUAUGUUGUUGGCUACACCAACAAAAUGACUGGUGGACCCAGCAAGGAAGAUGGUUGCUUUCUUCGAGUAUACUAUCCUAGUCAAAUAAAAGAUGUAUAUGAACAUUCUUCCCGUUGGGCAAGCUGGCUCCCCCACCAAAAAUACGUAGAAGGUUACACCAUAGUACUAGGAAUGAUUCCUUUCUUUGGCAAGAAGCUGAUAUCCUGGGCCUUUGACAUAUCAUCACAUGGAUUUAUAGUGGCAGCUAUUGAACACAGGGAUGGCUCCGCUUGCAUGACUUAUAGUCUCGAAACGGAACAAAAUAGUAAAGGAGGUUUAGUCGAAAGCUGGAUCCCGUACAAACUAAUGCAAUUUGAAAAAGACGAUAUGCCAUUCAGACAAGAACAAUUGGAAAUUCGUACUCGUGAAUGUAGUCAAUCUCUAGAUUACUUAAGCUCAACGACGGUGCUGAUAUCAAACAUGUUCUCCAAGCCACGGUGGAUCUGGGAAUGUUCAAAGGAGUGAUGGACUUGAGCAUGACUGUGAUUGCAGGCCAUUCUUUCGGCUCUGCAACGCUGUUACGCACAUUGGCCGCUGACAAACGCAUCAAAAUCGGAAUGUCCAUGGACGCCUGGAUGUGGCCGCUUAAAGACGAAAUCAAAUUGGCUAAAAGUGUCGAACAACCACUGGCCACAACACCACAGAAUGUCUUCGUACAUAAUCAACAUAAUAGCAACACCAAUCUACACUGCCGGAUUUCAAGAAGAAGGAGCCGUCGCCCGCUCCGGCCCCUGUCGAAGCCAAGAAAGAGCCGGUGAUGCAUGGCCCGUUUGAGGAACCCGUUUACAUAGUGUACACGGUGCGUUAUACAUACAUCUUGUCAGCUUCAGACCUUAUUACUAAAAUUUUUCUACUUUGUGUAAUAACUACAGCUGACUCGAAUUCAGCUGAAAAACAACGUAGACAUGUGUGCAAUUGUCAGUCAAGCUUCAUUCCCACUGUAUUAAUCUUGCUAGCCGACUAUAAUACAUGUUUGCCAUCA